AUGGUUAAAGGACUUAUUCUAGCGGGACUCCUGGUCCUGCUCUGUCAUGAGCUAGCUGUACAAGCUCAUGUGUUGAGUAGGCACAACUCUGCCAACAGCAUUGGCAAGAUCAAAAACUUGCUCCAGCAGCUUGAAGAAAGCUUGAUAGCCGAAGAUGACACAGAAGGUGCUGUGGAUUAUGAGGACAGGAACAUAGCACUAAGUCAAAGCCAAACUUCUCCAGAUGAGGACAGGAACACUGACGAGGGACUUGAGAUGCAAAGGAAGCACCUCCUGGAUCUCCUGCUGUCCACAAGAAGCAAGAACUUCUCUGGCUGCUUUGGUGGAAGGUUGGACCGCAUUGGCUCCUCCAGCAGCCUUGGUUGCAACUCCAUGAAAGGUGUGAAAGUGUGA